GCUUUUUUUUUGGUAGAAGACAUGGAUUUCUCAGAAGAAGAUAAAUCUUUUUCAAAAGAAGCAAGCUCGCCACUGGAACUGAAGAAAGGAAUGUCAAUCUUUAUUGAUAUCUUGAGAAGAGCAGAUAAAAAUGAUGAUGGCAAGCUCUCCUUUGAUGAAUUCAGAGCCUACUUUUCCGAUGGAGUCCUCAUUGGUGAUGAACUACAGGAGCUUUUUCACACCAUUGAUACUCACAAGACAGACAAUCUGGAUACAGAUGAACUAUGUGAAUAUUUUUCCCAACACCUUGGAGAGUAUCAUAAUGUCCUGGGUGCCCUGGAAGAUUUGAACAUCUCAAUACUGAAGGCAAUGGAUAAAACCAAAAAAGACUACCAAGAGGCCUCCCACCUGGAACAGUUUGUGACUCGCUUUCUUCUGAAAGAAACAGCCAAUCAGCUGCAGUCUCUGCAGAGCUCAUUGGAGUGCGCCAUGGAGACCACAGCAGAACAAACUCGGCAGGAAAGACAAGGGCCAGUGAAGCCUGAGGUGCUGUCAAUUCAGUGGUCUGGAAAACGAUCUAAUCGAAGGCUUCAAAGGAAUAACAGCUUAUCUCCAAACAACCCACAUUUCAACAUUGUCAACUCAGGCCUUCCUGAGGAGGAUAGCCAGUGGAUCUCUCAAAUAAACAGGCUACAGAAACUGAUUGACAGGUUAGAAAAGAAGGAACUAAAACUAGAGCCAGUCGAAGAAGAAGUUUUAGAUGGAAGCACCAAAUCUCACAUCCUGAUAGUGCAGCGGCAGUUAAGUGUGCUUGAGGAGGAGCUGGAGGAGUUCCGGCUGGCCCUGAGACAAUAUAUCGAGUCUGCUACCUCACAGACAGGGUGCUUGCACAUUGCUGUACAGAAGCUAUCGAAUGAAUCCCGUUUUAUACUUUAUGAAUUCUGGGAGCACAGCAAUGUCUGGAAAAACCACCUUCAAACUAACUACAGCAAGACCUUCCAGCGCAGUAAUGUGGAUUUCUUGGAGACCCCUGAGAUUAUGACAACGAUGCUUGUCCCAGCUUCAUGGUGGGUCCUAAACAACAACUAAGAGAUACAAACUUGUGCAAACACAGAGAACAUGUGCAGUAAACUUCUAGAAGUAGGAAGCAGUCAUAGUAGUAAUUUCCGUCUGUGAGAACCAGCCUCCUGCUACUGUAAUUGUAUCAGUGUUCAUUGUACAGCAUUAUCUUGUUUUAUGGAUGUUGUGUAUUGAAACAAAACCAAUGGUGUGUUAGUGAAAAUGUGUUAACCCAUUUACCCCCAUGUUAUAUGACUAUGUAAUGUGCACAGUAUGUUCUUUAGUACCGUGUUAAUACCUGUAGUGUUCUGUAUAACAAUAAUGUACUAAACUGGCCAUGUGAUGUAACGUAAUUAAAUAUUUUGUCUAAAACAAUGUCUGAAAAGAUUAUUUCAUCCAACAAUUUUUUGGGGAUAAUUAUUUGUUGAACACAUCUAUCCAUAAUAAACUUAUGGUAAACCUUGGUUCUU